UUGCUACGCCCCUGGCAACCAAAAAGGUUGAGAAGGAACCAGGUUUUAGUCGCCGACAUUUCGCAGCUUGCCUCACUUGCGCGAUCGUUGGUAACCCUGAUUCUGCUAGUUACCAGCAGCCGAGACCCAAACACAUGGGUUGUCCCCGGCGGAGGCAUAGAGAAGAACGAAAGCAGUAUGACAGCGGCUUGUCGCGAGGCGUUCGAAGAAGCUGGCGUCAGAGGUUUGAUCGUUACAUUCCUGGGCGAAUUCACCGUAAGUUCUGUUAUAUCGACAUCUGGACUGACUUGUUUUGAUUCAGGAGAAGCAGUAGCUGUACACCGAGACAUUCUCGAACAUCUAUGUUUGGCGGGCCAUGUGGAAACGCGCGAGCCCACCAAUUCGACUUAG